AGGAAUAAAACGGCACGGUGCAGCGGCGGAGCCUUCCAAGGCCCCCUCGCCUCCGCUUCCACCUCGAUCUCAUCGACGUCUCUCGCGGCUUCGCCAGCACUGUUAUAAUCGCUCGCUGUCUUGUGCGCUUGCUCGCUCGAUACCGACUCCUCGCUUCGCCUCCCGAGCAGUCAGUCCUCAGCUCUCGCUCAGGGUUUCUGGUUGAUCAUGGACUCCAUUCUCGUCAGCAAGCCUGUGGUUCCUUCUCCUGGACUGUUCCUUCAACCUGCUGGAGGAAUAAAAGGCUCACAAUGUAAGCUUGGUGUGGGACAUGCUGCCAACUUCUGCAAAGUAUAUUAUCCUAGAAAGCCAACUUCUUAUGCAGCCAAGAGAUCUACAAAUUAUGGAAGAGUGCUGAAUGAAAUUCGCCGUGAUGAAAAGAUUCUUGUGGCCAAUAGAGGAGAAAUUGCAGUCAGAGUGAUCCGAACUGCACAUGAAAUGGGUAUACCUUGUGUAGCUGUUCAUUCUACUAUUGAUCGGGAUGCUCUUCAUGUGCGGCUUGCAGACGAUGCAGUCUGUAUUGGUGAAGCCCCUAGCAAUCAAUCGUACUUGCACAUUCAAAAUGUUUUGUCUGCUGCAGUUAGUCGUGGGUGUACAAUGUUGCAUCCUGGUUAUGGUUUCUUGGCUGAGAAUGCUCGCUUUGUUGAUAUGUGCAGAGGACAUGGAGUCAAUUUUAUUGGACCAAAUCCAGACAGCAUUCGGGUAAUGGGCGACAAAUCUACAGCUAGAGAAACAAUGAAAAAAGCUGGUGUUCCUACUGUACCAGGAAGUGAUGGACUUGUGCAGUCAACAGAAGAGGCUGUGAAGCUUGCCCAUGAAAUUGGUUUUCCUGUCAUGAUCAAGGCAACUGCUGGUGGUGGAGGGCGUGGAAUGAGAUUAGCUAAAGAACCUGAUGAGUUUGUGAAGCUGCUACAGCAAGCUAAGAGUGAAGCUGCAGCUGCAUUUGGAAAUGAUGGAGUGUAUUUGGAGAAAUAUAUCCAAAAUCCAAGACAUAUUGAAUUUCAGGUUCUUGCUGACAAAUAUGGUAAUGUUGUCCAUUUUGGGGAGCGUGAUUGUAGCAUUCAGGAGGAACUUAACAAGACAAAUGCAGAACUUAACUAGUGACCUCAUUUAUGC